GCCAGUUCCCAUCACUUCUCAGCGCACAACACAAGAGUAAAGCAUUUUGUGUCAAAAUUUCAUUUGUGGAACAUACCUAACACUGUCUGUUUAUACUUUGAUUUACCCCACUGCCCCUGCAGGCUGCAAGCAAGCCUAGUGCUCGGUUGCGAAUAAACAAAAGAGAGUCAAACCCUCCCGACAACGAAACAGUGACGACAACGAGACUUGCAUAAUGAAAAUCUGGACGUCGGAGCACAUAUUCAACCACCCGUGGGAGACGGUUACACAGGCGGCAUGGCGCAAAUAUCCGAAUCCCAUGACGCCCUCAAUCAUUGGCACUGACGUAGUCGAGCGCCAAGUCAUUGACGGCGUGCUGCACACACAUCGCCUCGUUCAAUCGAAAUGGUAUUUCCCCAAGUGGACGCACGCGCUGAUAGGCACCGCCAAGUCGUGCUUUGCCAGCGAACGCUCAACGGUGGACCCGAAAACCAAGCAGAUGGUGUUGAAGACAAACAAUCUCACAUUCUGCCGGAACAUUAGCGUCGACGAGGUGCUCUACUACGAACCACAUCCCGCAGAUGCCAGCAAAACGUUGCUGAAACAGGAGGCCACAGUAACUGUCCAUGGUGUGCCGCUGUCGCACUACAUGGAAGACUUGCUCACAUCCACGAUUAGCUCAAACGCUGGCAAGGGACGCCAGGGACUGGAAUGGGUGAUCGGACUGAUCAAUACGGAGGUCAAGGGGAUUGCUGAAUCGGCCGCACGGGGCACAGACGAGCUGAUAUACACAACGCGGCGUUCCAUUGAUGAGGUCACAGAAAGUGCCAGGAAAGGCAUGGAUGAGAUCAGUGUACAGGCAUCCAAGGCGGCAAAAGCGAUGCACAUAACAUAGAGUUUAGAGAUGCAGGGGCUGGCGAGUAGAGAAAUAUUAUUAUCCAAAGCGCAAGAUACGCUGUUUUUUUAGUACAACAUUUAGUGCAACAUCAACUACAGACAUACAAUACGAGCAGCCGCAAACUCGAUUGUUUCUUCAAAUUCCCUGCUGAUACAUAUAUUUUAUACAACACACAAUGGUUAUCAGUCGUGGAACUGAAAUUGAUAAGAUUGGCGGGCAUACCAUAGUGUUAGGUCACCUUAUCCGUGCGAAUAGAAUGGCAACUGCAAUGAGAACCACUAAUCAACCACACAGUCAAACUAUUUAUUCAAAUCAAUUUAAGUUUAACGUUUAUAAGAUGCCACAGCAGACAUGGAACGAAAAGAGCAACAAACAUUAAAAGCGACAAUUUGCAUACAAAUGCGUUUCAAGUUCAAA